AUGAACUCAACAGAUAUCAUCUCGAGUUUAGAAAGUAUCGAAACUUUUGAUUCUUUCGAUACCGUCGUAGCGAAUGAUCAUUAUUUACAAAUACAAAAUCAAUAUGUUAAUAAUAUGAACAAUCCUCCAUUACAAGUUCACCAAACUUUAAAUAGUUUAUUGACAAGUGAAGAAUGGCAAACAAAUGGGGAUUUAACUUUCUUGAGGGAUUUUCAUCUAUUGGAAAUGCUUUUACAACAUUUAUCAUCAUUGGAAGAUUCUGUACAAUCUCAAGUGAUUGAUCGUUUAAUUUCUUUCACCGAAUAUUGUGAUAUGAAUAAAUGGAUUAUGUUUAAAGCGAAUAUUACUAGUGAAUUAUUAACUUCAAUUAUUUGGAGAUCUUGGAAUAUGAAUGAAAUUUCCGAAAAGACAAUGAGAUUAUUGGAAAUCAUAUGUUCUUAUUCAGUUAAAGUUUCUAACGUAAAGUCAAUGUUAAAUAUGAUUUGUAAUAAAAAUGAUAAUAGUGAUGAUGAAGAUAACUCUCAACAUCAAGAAGAUUCUGCAUGGUAUCAAGGUGCUCUAUUAAAAUUAUUAUAUUCUAUUGCGCCCAAACAAAAUACUUUGGAUUUUUUCUAUUUUAAAGGAAUUGAAUCUGGUAUAGAAUUAUCUGCUAUUGAAAAAUUUCCUCAAAAUGGUUAUUCUUUCUUUACUUGGAUAAAAAUGGAUCCUAUUCCUUCACCAAAAGAACGUAAGGAACAUGGAAAUUAUGUUCCAAGAUUAUUUUCAUUCUUUAAUGAUUUUGGUGAUGGAAUAGAAGCUUAUUUUGAAAACAAUGAACUUUGCUUUCAAUGUAAAAAAGGUGAAAUUAUUUCAAAAGUUAUUAUGAAUACUUUCAAAUUUACUCAAAAAAGAUGGUAUUUUAUUUCUAUUGUUCAUCAUCCGGAAAAGAGAGGUUGGACAAUUACUCCAUCUGAAAUAAAUAUUGUUGUAGAUGGUCAUAUUUAUUUCAAUUCUCGUUUAGAAUAUCCUUUAGAUUAUUAUCCCAAAUUUAUUACCCCUUUUAGUUAUUGUUCUAUUGGUGCCAGUAUGUCUAUACGUUCACAAUCAAAAGGUUCAGAUGACGAAUCUUCAAAUUCCUCAACUUCCACUCCUUCUACUGGACUUUAUAACUGUUUUCGUGGUCAGAUGACUGCUUUGUACAUGCUCAAUGAAGUACUCACAAUUGAACAAACUAGUGCUAUCUAUGAACUUGGUUUAAAUCAUUCCACUCAAUUAGAAUUAGAGCAAAAAAUUGAUAACUCAACAAGUUGUUGUAAUCUAUUUGAUGGAACUCUUAGUUCAAAAUUACUUUUUAAUUUUCAUGUAAAAGCUUCUUCAGAUCAAAAAUGUUUUAAUUUAGCACCUUAUUCUGUUACGACACCUAUUAAUGCCACUUUAUUUGGUAUAGAAAAAUGUUCCACGCUUAGCUUACGUAAUGCAAUACAAUGUUUAGGAGAUGUAGAAAUUCUUUUUCCAAUGAUAAUGAGAUUUGAUGAUGUUAGUCUUCAGGCUCCAUUCGAUUCUCAGGAUAACUUUUUUUCUUCGGUAGGACCAUGUAAAGCUUUUUUUGCUCUUUUGUCAUCAUUAUUACAAUCUAAUACCAUAAGUCAAAAUCAUAUUAUCAAAUCUCGUGGAAUUAAGAUUAUUGGUUUAUUAUUACAACAAGUUGGACCAAGGCAUCUUUCUAUAUCCGCAUUUCAAAGUAUGAUUGGAUUGGCAAAUAGUUUAGAAGCAAAUGAGGAUUUAACACGUGAAAUUCAUUCACAUCUUGUAUUUGAAUUUCGUAUUUGGAUGUAUUCAUCAAUGGAAAUUCAAAAAUAUUGUAUAGAAUUUUUAAAGAAUUUUAUUGAUGCUAGAAAACAAAUGUGUCGUGAAUUAUUUGGUGUACAAUUCAUCUUAGACACACUUUCAUGUAUUUAUUGGUACAAACAAAGUGAAAUUUCUGAACCACAUAGGCAUCAAUCUGCGGGAGUCACUAGACCAAAAUCAUCACAAAUAAAAGAAUUACGAGGAAUUUUAUUAAGUAUUAUUAUUAGUUAUUUCAAAGAUGGAAUUUAUAAAGAUGAAGUUUUAGGUAUAUUUAGAAAUUUAUUGGCUGGUGAUGAUGAUGUUCAUAUGUUUGAAAUUUUAACUUUAUUACUUGACUUGUUGACUAGUAAAUCAUGUAAAAGUAUGGUUGACAUUUUUGCAUCUUAUAGAGGAUAUGAAAUAUUAUGUGAACUCUUAAAGAGAAAGGAUGAAAAUGUUAAAUUAAUUUGUAUAAAGAUAAUUACAUUCUUAAUUAAUAGUUCACAUACACCACCACGAAUUGUUAAGAAACUUCGAUUUGUUGAUACGGAUACAAUAAAUUUGAUAAAAUUAUUGGAUGGGACACCAUUCACUUUUCGAAUUUAUCAUGGUUUAUUAUAUUGGGCAUUAGAACAAUUUUAUCCAUAUGAUUUAAUUGAGAAAGAAGAUAUGGAAUUAUCUCAAUUUGGACUUCCCAAAAUUAAAAAUGUUCGCAUAACAGUUGUCAUAUUAUCAUUAUUAUAUUCCGAAGGUACUAAACAAAUGGUCCAAUGUAAAGUACUUGAAGAUUUGGUUAAAGUAUUUGGACAAAACAUAUCAAUUUGUGAUGAAUUAUGUCGAAUAUGGAAUUGGCAACGAUAUUUAAUUCGUUUGGUGCCGAUGUAUAAUGGUCAAGAAAGAAUUUCUAACGAACGAUUAAAUAAAGAUACUGCUGAUUGGGCAUUAGAACUUUUAGCUACGGUGAUAUGGAAUAUGUUUGAAGUAGAUCGUAACGCUUAUAAGAUAGUUGAUGAAACUAUAUUAUACAUAUGGACGAGCGAACGUCCAGAUAGCAUAGAGACUAUAAGAGCGUUACUUUAUCAACUACUUUCUCUUAUUACCAGAGAAAUAAAACUUUCAUUAGUAAAUUCUUUUUCCCCCACAAAGUUGGAAAAUGUUAUACGAUUAACAACUUUGACCGAAGAAAUUUUAUUUAAUCAUAGAGAUUUGUUACAGAAACAAUCUUUAGGUAGUAACGGUCAAAAAGAACCUUUAUCAAGUAGUUACUCACUCCGUUCUACAUAUGAAUAUGUCAUGCCGUCAUUUAAUAUGAUGAGAUUUGAAGAUACAGUGAUUUCAAAUUUUCCUGCAUUCUCAUCUAUACAAAGAAAUGAUGAUGUAUUUCAAAGUGCAAGUAACCCUUGGGAAGAUAAUAAAGAUUUGACAGAAAUUUAUUUGGAAAUUAUUGAUAUGUUAGAUAAAUCAGGAAAUUGGAGAAUGGAAGUACCUAAUCGAAAUGAAAUUUCACCUGGUGAAAUCUGUCGUAUGGUGAUGCGUGCAUUAAUUGCUGGAAUAACGUUACAAGAUCAUAAAUCACGAGAAAAUUCACUUGAUAAAUUAAUGGGAUUUGUUGAGAGACAUGUAAAAGCUCCGGAUGUAUUACCAUUAACGGAACAAAAGACAUUUGAUGAUUUUUAUUGUCGUGACAGUGAUUUAUUUAAACAACAUAUCUUAAUGGUCUUGGGUGAAGUUCAUGAUGCAUUUAUGUGA